AUGUCUCUGGAGGUGCUGAAGAAGGAGCUGGUCGCCCUGGGUGCACCCGCAGCGGAAGUUGAACAGGCAUUCGUCGUGGAGACGAUUCCGAUCCACACCACCAAAAUGGACUAUGCGGGAAACAUACGGCGCAAUUCUGUAGAGGUGGGCAUGGAGGUGGGCGCCCUGGAGGGCGCAUCCAUGGAGGUGGAAUUUGGUCCUGAUUGGACGCAGAACUAUGUCUUCAGUGCAGUGCCCAAGACGCUGCACCGGUUCAGAUCGCGGCCAAGUGCGGAGAAAAUGUUCAAGUGGGCGGUGCUUAAGGCCCCCAGGGGCAGAGGGCCGCUCUUCCAGCGCCGCUGGUUCCUGGUGAUGGAGAUGUGGACCUCAUCGAGGCUGGUGUUCCUGAAAUGCGACAGGGCGGCCAGGGUGAAGAUUCUGGGCCGCGUGGAGCCGCCGCUGAGCAUCAACCAGCUGGUCGAGCUGAUUUCGGGGUUGAAGCUGGCUCAGGUCGGCGCCAGCCUGCGAAUUGACCCCGAGUUCGUGGGGCUGCACAAAGUGGUGAGGGAUGCGGAGUGCGCCUGCGUGGUGAAAGUGCUCAACAACCGGCCCCUCAAGUCCAGCGGGAGGAUUGAGAAGACCGGCUUCUUCAAGUCCGCGGACGAGGCGGUGCGGGAGGAGCGCCUGCUGGACGAGGUCGCGCGCCAGCUGAAGUGGUGCCAGGACGACGUGCUGAACGACGUGGUGACGCUUGACGACGCGAAACUGGUUGAAGUUGAGGGGGGACGCCCAGGCGUGUUCGAAUCGGUGGCCGACUUUGGAUCCUGA